AUGGUGAUUUAUUCCUGCAAGGACGACAUGAAGAAACCAGCCGGAGCCGGAGCGACCAGCGGCGGAGCAGCAGCACUGAGUCCGGCUGCGGAGCGCCGAGCGCGGCGUGACGCAGCGCGAUGGGACCGGGACGCGCCUGGAGGUCUCUCCGGUUUCCCCGCUGAAAGCCUCGGAGCGACUGGAGCGCAGCGUCUCAACAUGGGGGGCGCCUCGCCGGGCGGGGCCGCGCCCGCCGUUCCGCAGUUCCUGUUCAACGACCAGAACGACUCGCUGCUCAACGCCACCAACUCCACGGCCCUGGACGGCGGCGGGCCCAGCGCCGCCGCCGUCCUCAUCCCGCUCAUCUACGUGGUCGUCUGCGUCGUCGGCCUGGGCGGAAACACGCUGGUCAUCCACAUCGUGCUGCACUACUCCAAGACCGAGUCGGUCACCAACAUCUACAUCCUGAACCUGGCCAUCGCAGACGAGCUGUUCAUGCUGGGCCUGCCCUUCCUGGCCGUCCAGAACUCGCUGCAGGCCUGGCCCUUCGGACCCUUCAUGUGCCGACUGGUCAUGACCGUCGACUCCAUCAACCAGUUCACCAGCAUCUUCUGCCUCACCGUCAUGAGCGUCGACCGCUACCUCGCCGUGGUUCACCCCAUCCGCUCCUCCAAGUGGCGGCGCCCUCCGGUGGCCAAAGUGGUGAACUGUACCGUGUGGGCUCUGUCCUUCCUGGUGGUUCUUCCGGUGGUGAUCUUCGCCAACAUCCAGAAGGCGGGAGGAACCUGCAACAUCAGCUGGCCGCAGCCGGCCAACAUCUGGCGGGCCGCCUUCAUCAUCUACACCUCCACGGUGGGCUUCUUCUGCCCGCUGCUCAUCAUCUGCCUCUGCUACCUGCUCAUCGUCUUCAAGAUCCGCAGCUCGGGAAAAAAGGUCCACGCCACCUCAACCAAGAGGCGGAAGUCGGAGCGGAAAGUGACGCGGAUGGUGGUGAUCGUGGUGGCGGUGUUCGUCCUCUGCUGGUUGCCUUUCUACGCCCUGAACAUCAUCAACCUGCUGGUGUCGCUGCCGUCCGACUAUCAGGGCCUUUACUACUUCGUGGUUGUGCUCGGUUACGCCAACAGCUGCGCCAAUCCCAUCGUCUACGGCUUCCUGUCCGACAACUUCAAGAGAGGCUUCCGGAAGGCGCUGUGCCGCUCAACCCGGAAAGUGGAGAGUCACGAACCGGCGGAAGGUCCGCGGCCGCAGGACGAGGGGCGGCGGGCGCUGCUGCCCCGGGAGAGUCUGCGGCGGGCCGUCCGCCACGAGGACGACGAUGAAGACGCGUCUGAAAUGACUGAGAUCUACCAGAUCACCCGAGAUCACAAUGGGAACGGCGGCUUCCCGCGCCAGGCCGCGGAGAGUCCGAGCCCGGACCGGUCCGAGCCCAGAGGGACGGAACCGGCUGAUGGGCCGGCCCUCACCGGCUCGGUUCUGACAGGCUCGGUUCGGACCGGGUCGGUCCUGACCGGCUCGGUUCCGACAGUCCCGCUGCUGCUGAACGGAGCCAAAACCGGAAGCGUGAAAACUCUGCCGGAAGAAGCCGCGGACCAGAGCGGCUCGCUGGAGAUCAGUUAUUUAUAGUUUAAAAUAAGAGAUAAAAUCAUGACCUUCAUGUCAUUCAGUCUGUAUGACUAUAAUCUGUACUUGCAUCGAGAUGUGUAAUUGUGCCUUUAUCGCAGUUUAGUGUUAAAUGUUGAUUUGAACAGAAAAUUAGAGGAAAAUUCACAAAACCGUCUGCAUGAGUGAACUGAGGGAAAGGAUCGAUACGGAGUAAAUAUCGGGCUCGUAUCGCCGAUACUUGUGAUGUCAUCAUUAUCACUGAAUAUCUUCAAUAGUUUAUCAUAUUCAGCCAUUGAAAAAGUAUAAAAUCCUGAUCUGAAAUUGAAAAAGUGAAAUUUUUCUAUUUGGGAUUUUAAUGCGCUGGGAUGAAUUCUGUCUGCAAAGUGCUGGGAGAGAAACUGCAAAUAAAAGUAUUGAUUUGAUCAAGCUCUUAUUGAUCCAACACCAAUACUGACCUUUGCAUUGAUCGUAUUGGUAUUUUGAUUGAUAAAACCAGAUUCUACUUCUCCAACUAUCAUCUUUAAGAUCUGCAGAUCUAGAUGUGAUUGGCUGCAACCUGCUGAACUGAUGGGAACAUUUCUUUCUUUAUUUAGAACAAUAACGGGAGCAAAACCUGCAGAAACUAUAUGAUGUUAAUUUUCCUCUUGUUCACCU